AUCGCAGGGGCUGCCGGGAGAGGGCGGAAGACCCGGAAGUAAACAUUCUGGUUUGGCUUAGUUUCUGUCGAUUGCUUUGGGGGUCGGCUGCGGCGAGGGGAGGAUACCUCACCAUGGCAGCUGCUGCUGUGGAUGCGGUUAAUGCCACCCCCCUCUCGGGGUCCAAAGAAAUGAGUUUAGAGGAACCAAAGAAGAUGACUAGAGAGGACUGGAGAAAGAAGAAGGAGCUAGAAGAACAGCGAAAACUGGGCAAUGCUCCUGCUGAAGUUGAUGAAGAAGGAAAAGACAUCAACCCUCAUAUUCCCCAGUAUAUUUCUUCAGUGCCAUGGUAUAUUGAUCCAUCAAAAAGACCUACUUUAAAACACCAGAGACCACAACCAGAGAAACAGAAGCAGUACAGCUCCUCUGGAGAAUGGUACAAGAGGGGUGUAAAAGAGAAUUCCAUAACUACUAAAUACCGCAAAGGAGCAUGUGAAAAUUGUGGUGCUAUGACACACAAAAAGAAAGACUGCUUUGAGAGACCUAGGCGAGUUGGAGCAAAAUUUACAGGUACUAAUAUAGCUCCAGAUGAACAUGUCCAGCCUCAACUGACGUUUGACUAUGAUGGGAAGAGGGAUCGGUGGAAUGGCUACAAUCCAGAAGAACACAUGAAAAUUGUAGAAGAAUAUGCCAAAGUGGAUCUGGCAAAGCGAACACUGAAGGCCCAGAAACUCCAAGAAGAAUUAGCCUCAGGAAAAUUAGUGGAACAAGCUAAUUCUCCAAAACACCAGUGGGGAGAAGAGGAGCCAAAUUCUCAGGCGGAAAAAGAUCAUAAUAGUGAAGAUGAGGAUGAAGAUAAAUAUGCAGAUGAUAUUGACAUGCCCGGCCAGAACUUUGACUCUAAGAGACGAAUUACUGUCCGAAAUCUCAGGAUUCGAGAAGACAUUGCAAAAUAUUUGCGGAACUUAGAUCCAAAUUCUGCUUACUAUGAUCCCAAAACAAGAGCGAUGAGAGAGAAUCCCUAUGCCAAUGCAGGAAAGAAUCCAGAUGAAGUGAGCUAUGCAGGAGAUAACUUCGUUAGAUACACCGGUGAUACCAUCUCAAUGGCUCAGACACAGUUGUUUGCUUGGGAAGCCUAUGACAAGGGAUCUGAAGUGCAUCUGCAGGCCGAUCCCACAAAACUAGAGCUGUUGUAUAAGUCCUUCAAAGUCAAAAAAGAAGACUUCAAAGAACAGCAGAAGGAGAGCAUCCUAGAAAAGUAUGGUGGCCAAGAACACCUGGAUGCCCCUCCAGCUGAAUUGCUUUUAGCUCAGACUGAAGACUAUGUGGAGUACUCACGACACGGGACGGUCAUCAAAGGGCAGGAGCGGGCUGUCGCCUGCUCGAAGUAUGAGGAGGACGUGAAGAUCCACAAUCAUACGCAUAUCUGGGGAUCUUACUGGAAAGAAGGCCGAUGGGGCUACAAAUGCUGUCACUCUUUUUUCAAGUAUUCCUAUUGCACUGGAGAAGCUGGGAAGGAGAUUUCUAACUCAGAGGAAUGUCUUAUAAAUGAAAUAACUGGAGAAGAAUCUGUGAAAAAACCUCAAACCCUGAUGGAGAUACAUCAGGAAAAGCUAAAAGAAGAGAAAAAGAAGAAAAAGAAGAAGAAGAAGAAGCAUCGAAAGAGCAGUUCAGAUAGUGAUGAUGAAGAAAAGAAAAAUGAAAAAUUGAAAAAGGCACUGAAUGCAGAGGAGGCCCGCCUUCUUCAUGUCAAGGAGAUCAUGCAGAUUGAUGAGAGGAAGCGGCCUUACAAUAGCAUAUAUGAAGCUCGGGAACCUACUGAAGAGGAAAUGGAGGCCUAUAGAAUGAAACGUCAAAGGCCUGAUGACCCCAUGGCCUCCUUCCUGGGACAGUAGUGACUGGUCAUAGACAGGCAUCCAGGAAGACACAGCCAGCAUAUUCUUUUCAGCUCCUUUCUCUUGAAGACUAUCGAUAGAAAAAUCCAUAUCUAUACUUCACGCUACCAGACUUUAAUAAAGCUUCCAGAAGUCUCAUGGUAAAUUUAUUCCUCAACACUUGAACAAACAAGGAAAACAAAGAGGAGGAGGUACAUUAAGUUCAGAUUAAGAUUUUCUUUCCAGUUUUCCAUUAGUGAUAUGCAAAGAUGGCUCAGCUCUCUAUCUGUCAAGAGUAUCUUCUCUAUUUUAAGUCUCAAAUUUCAUUUCCUCUAUUUUUAUGGCCCUUUAUACAGGUUUACCACAUGUUUGAAGGCUGAUUACUCUUUCUCAAAACCAGAAUUUUUUUUUUGCUAAUAACUAUAAUUGAAGUUAUUUGAUAAUCUUUUUUUUUUCUAUUUUCUAAGGAUUUCCUGGCCUGAAGAUAGAAAAAUUAUUGUCUUGGGCUUUGGGUUACUAAAAGGAAAAUUAACAACAUAUGUGACUAACUUUAUCCUGUGUCCAGCUGUGUAUUAAUAAUUUCAGUUUUCACUUGGCUAUAAAAUUUUGAUAUUUAUUUUUUCCCUUGUACCUUAUGUCCAGAAUUGUGUUAGCCUUUGAAUGAAAAAAUAAUCUCAUCCUUGACAAACUAGUGCAAGGUCUUUGACCAUGAGCCAUUAUACACAGAAAACCUUUUAUGAUAGAGGAUAUUAUUUGUAAUAGUAUUUGUUGUUAUCAUUGAUUGCCUUUACUUAACAGUCAUGAAUUUUAGAUUUUGGAAUGUCCAUUCUACCUAAUCUUUCAAAACUUGUUUAUAAAAUUUGCAAAAAGCAAAAUCUGAAGUUGAAAUUUUCUUCAAAGAAUUAUAAGGCUAGCUAGUAGGGCUGUUAGUGACUGAGAUUGUCAUGAUUCCCAGACCUCUCUCCUAAGAACUUUGUGAAGCUAAUACUAACAGCAAGAGUGGUGAAGUUAGUGAGUUAGUGAAGAAGCCUGUUGCUGUGAGAACAUUGACUGAACAGCACUCUGACUUUACUGAGCUGGGAAGAAUCAGUAGCAUUCUGCAGUAAGUUAGCACCUCAGAGAUGGUGCUGAUCAGGAGUAACUGAAUCAAACUCUCAAGUAAUAGGGAUAUACGUGGCAUCUAGAGUCAGACUGGUGUGAAACUACAACAGCAGUAUAAAUAGAUCUAAUUUUAGCCACUUUAAGAAUGUGAAAAACUUGUUUCUAUAUUCUUGAGAGAGGGUUGUUCAACAGAAGGUCUGACAUUGGUGUCUGUUUUGUAUUCUAUUUAUCUUUUGUUAAUAAAGAUAUAAU